CCGGGGCGGCGGCGCUGGGCACCAAGGGUGCGACGCCCGGCCGGCACCGGGAUGUGGCGACCCGGUGGGGGCCUCUGCCCCCGAGGGGGCUGCGGAGCCCCGUGGUGGCCGGCCGGACUCGGCCGGCGCUGACCCCAGGGAAGCGCCUGGCUCUCGGGCUCCUGCUUGCUGCUGCUGCUGCUGCCGGCCCCUGCCCCGGGACAAGUGGUUUUUGGUGGGAUGCCUCCAUCCAGCAGUGAGAGGUGGCGGGGUUGCCGGCCUGGUGCCUCUGGCGUGGCGGCGGGUGCAGGCAGCUCACUGCGGGGUGGCCUUUGGCCUCACCAGGAGCAACAGCAGCCCUGUACCGUGCUCCCACCUCCCGGGGUGCAGAGGAGGGGGCUGGUGCCCACUGGGCACGGAGGUGGACUGAAAUGCCUCCCCUGGGAGCAGCUGCCACCUCUCUGCCUGGGGCUGCCGGCUCCCUGCCUGCCUGCCGCUCCUGGGAGUCUCUGGGGGCCCCUCGUUCCUCUCUGCCUGCGCUGGACUUUGUCCCUGUCCCCACAGGUGUCAGGGGGCAGCCGGACCCUGGCAGUGUGCUCUGUGCUGUGUGGCUCCCUGGGUGCACGGCCCUCACCAGGCCUUGGCAAGGGCAGGGUGCUCUGCUCGGUCUCUGGUGUGUGGGUCCUGGGUCGAGGUGGGCGGCUGUGCCCCUGGCAUCCCUGCCCUCGGUGUGGCGGCACCCCGGCUGCCUCCUUGUGUCCCUGGCCACCGGACAUCUGCUGCCCAUCAGGACACUUCACUGCAGAGCGGCCUGGGAAGCUGGUGCUGGUGGGUGAAGGAUGGGCUCCUGAUGCGUGGGCGGGCUUGGCGGCACCGUGCCGUACCCUGGCAGGUCUUGACUGGUGGCUGGGUCCCCUCUGUGUGCAGCGGGGAGCUGAGGCCGCGGUGAGGAGGGAGCAGGUGCCAGGACGGAGCUGGCAAGUCCAGGCCCUUGGGGCCAUCAUGUGGCAGACGCUGCCCGCCCUCACGCCUGCUGCAUGGCUGUGGCUGUCUCCUGGUGUGUGACAUCCUGUGGGUGCCACUGGGCUUUGCCUUCCUAUCCCCACCUCGGUGAUUGCUUUGCUCUGCUCUGGCUUGUCCCCUGCCCCACUUCACCAGCCUCUGCGAGGGGCUCAUAUGGUGACAUGGUGCUGGGCAGUCUGACUGCAGCCUGGCCUGGGGCAGGAGCCGCAGGUGCCGGUGCGCCAGGGGCUUGCCCCCGGCAUGCUGGCCUUUGGCGAGGUCUAACUUUAGCAACCACAGUCAGACCUCAUCCACGCUGGAACAGGAUGCCGGUCAUGCCGUGGUAUAAAUACGCCUGGCCAGUGCCUGAACCACAGGAGGGGUGUGCGCCUGCUGCCAGCACCACCGUGCUCAGCUGCCCCGGGGGUUCAUCCCCCUCAUUAACAUACUUUGAGAAAGGUGCCGGGCCCUGCCCUGCCCUGCCCUGCCCUGCCCUGCCCGUGUUGGCUUUCAGCUGUCCCUCCUCCAGCCCUGCUGCCGUCGACUUCCCUCUUUCUGCCUCUUGCGGUUUGGUUUUUCUUUAAUGGCCGCUUUCGUUUCCCUUCUGUCGUGGGGCUGUGUCCCAGGGAUGGGCCACCUUCUCCUUGCGAUGUGCUUCGUACCGGCUUCUUGCUGGUCCUUGCCGAGACCCAUGCGCGUGUGCCGCCGGCGGGGCCGCGGUGACUCACUGUGCCGUGGGGCUGCGCGGUGCAGGGCUGCUCCUGGUCCAGCGGCAGAGUGGAGGCCAGAGCCGUGCCCCGUCCUGGCACAGGGGCCGCAUGCGCUGGCUGCGCGCUGGCUGCUCCCGGCUACGUCCCCUGCGCCGGGCUGCCAUCUCCAGGGAGGGCUCUGCGCCUGCCCCCCUGUCCCGGCACGCUCUGGCAUGCCUGCUGCGCUUGGCAUGCAUGGCACCCGGCUCCGCUCUGGCUGUCCCCGGGGCGCAUGCUGCCCGGCUGCCCGAGGAGGUUAUUUCUGGCAGGGCCAGGCAGCUGGGGCUGCUGGCUCUCCGCACUGUCACUCUUUCCACAUGCUGCUGAGGGGGGUUGGCGGGGGCCCGUGCUGGUGCAGGGGCUCUGGGACUGGUACUGCGGGGCUGCGAUGGCUUCUCUGGGGCCAGCCCCUGCCCCAGGCUCCCUGGGGACCCUGGCAGCAGCGGUGGGUGCGGACAGCUGGCUCCCAGGGCAGCACGGUGCUCUGUGCCCGUCCCCGUGCUGUGGUGGGCCCUAUAAAUAUCCCCACCGGCUCCCUGGCAGUGGUGUCAUGCUGCACUGUCUGUGGGUGCACCAUCGGUGCUGCCGCAGCUGCCAGGCUAGGCUUUCCCCAGCCUUUUUAAAGGCCGAUGCUGCUGCUGCCCCCGUCCCCAGGGGGGGUGGUGGUGUCCCCAGGGUGACAGUGGUGUUGGGGCUCGUGGGAGCCCCGUCCUACGCGCUGCCUCGGCCACGGUCAGUGCUGCUUGCGGCAUUGCCUUGUGCCGUGCUGCCCGUUGGCCCUUGUGCCGGGCGAGCUCACGUUUGUGACACUGAGGAUUUUGCUUUGAGGACUCGCUGCCUCCUCCCACGAUGCUCCUGCCUGGGGGUCCUGCCCGUGUCCCCCCCUGGCCCCGGGGCCUCCGCUGUGGAGGUGGCUGGUGCCACCACAGGCUCUGGUUUUGAUGGCAGCCUGCUGCUGCGGUCUCACCGCCCUCCCCAGCUUCCUUGCUGCAGGGUGGGGAGCAUGUGCCGGGAUCAGCGUGGGCUGGGUGGGAUGGAGCUGGGUGGGAUGAAGCCAGGGUGCUGGUGGGGCUGGGAGAGCAGACCUCUCUCUGGGCUUGGCGGGCCAGGGGAGGUGCUGGUGUCAGCGUGGGUGCGUGAAGCCCUGUCCCCACUGCAGGACCGCCGGCAGCUCUGGGUGGGGACGAGGGAUCCCACCUCCGAGGGAUGGGGACAGCCCAGUGUCGUGGUGGUGGCAGGGCUGGUGGCAGGGACUGAGACACCGCAGUCAGGCGGAAGGUGCUGAGUGGGGACCUCUGCUCGGUGUGAGGGGUCUGCGAGUGUCCCCCCCUCCCCAGGCAGCAGCUCCAGGGGCACCUCCUUUCUUUUCCUUCCCUUCCCUUCCCUGCCGGUGCGCGGCAGCCAGGUGCUGGGGGCUGCUAUUGGGCCAGGCCCCUGCUGCAGUUGUUGGGGGGCCUGUGCCCCCCAAGCUGGAUGCUGCUGGGCCAUGGGUCCCGCCGGGUGUGGGGCACGGGGGUGGGUGGCUGUCCCGGCUGUCCUGGCUGGGUGCCGGGUGCUCCCCACACACCCAGGCCGGGUGCCGCGGGCUGGGCCGGCUCCCAGGUUCAAAGUGCGGAGCUGGGUGUGGAGGCAGGGCCGGCAGCCAGAGCCCUCCCGGCCUGUGCCGCCCCGGCAUGCUCGCCCUUCCUUUUCCCCGGCCCAGCUCCCGGCGCUCCGGCACUUCUUCCUCUCGCCGGGUCUGGGGUCAGUCGCGGGGCAGUGCCGCGGCACCAGCAGCCAGCCCCUUCCGUGGCACUCAUCCUUUUGGGGCCGAUACGGGGCUGGCAGUGCCUCGUGGGGCAAAGCCACUGGGUGUGGUGUUGCCGCCGGUUCUGGCACGCCACCGGGGAACUGCGGCCCCGCGGCCCUGCUCACUGAGGUAGGUGACGUGGCUGCUCUGCCCCGACCUGUCCUGCUGUCCUCCCUGGCCCCUGCCCAGGGAACUGUGCCCAGCACGGGGCUGCAGGAUGGUGUCGGCACCGACUUUGCUUCCACGUGCGCCGUGCCUCCUCCUGCCUGGCUUGCCGUGGCGCUCCCUGUCCCGCUCAGCGGUGUCGUGCCACAGCCCUGUGGCUGCUUCGGCCUUGGCUCUGGGGCCUGGGGCCAGCACCACGCUGGCUGCGUGCCGUCCCGAUGCUGCUCGCCCCUCAGGGGCUUCCCUGGUGCCUCCCUGCCAGGCUCGCUCCUCCUGCGGUGACCUGCCGUGCCGUUGGCCGCGGCCGAGCUGGCGGUGCCCGGCAGGGUGGUCGCUGCUUGUCCCUGUGAGGGGUUGUCCCUGUGCCGCCACUCUUCCAUGCUCUCUGCCUGCCGGUCCCGUGGCCAGUGUGGCAGCAGUGGCUCCUCACCCUCUUUCCUGGCAGCCAUGACCCAGUCCUGCAGCGCCUGACCCACAGGUGCCAGUGGCUCUGGCUCUGGAAUGGCGUGGCAGCCCCAUGGUGCUGCUCUCCCAGCUGCCCGGGCGCCAUGGGGCGAUGCUUCUCCAGGGCACCGGCUGCCCUCGGCGGGGAGCCGUACCCCGCUGCCGUGCUGGCAGGGCUGUGGCCACACUAGCCUGACCAAGAUAAACAUGGGGGUGCGGGCAGCAUUGCUGCCUGUCCUGGGAUGGGGGCGGCUUCCUCGGCCGGCGCCUCUGGGUGCUGGGCCAGGGGGAGGGUUUGGUGGUGGAGGGCAAUGCGGGCAAACAGGCAGCUGCCCCCAGGCAGGGCGGGCAGGACAGGGCUGGUGCAUUUGCCAGCCGUAUCGCCGUGGGGAGCAGAGGCAGUGCGGGGGGGGGCUGGGCUGGGGGUGUUGAGGGGGAGCCAGAACUAUCCUGUGCAUCCCAACCGCAUGGCAGGAUCUGCCUGCCCUCCUUCUCGCACCCUGUCGCCUGGGCAUGGGGUCGAGUGCCCCCGCAGUGCCGGGUGUCCCCUGGGACCGGGCGGGCUCUGAGCCGCCACUCU